ACAUUCUGCUUGGAUAUCCGGAAAUAUUCUGUUCAAAUACAUUGGUUAGUCACAACCUUAUCUCCAAAACAUGAGCCUGCUGUUUGGGUAGAUCUUUUCUCUUUGGGUACCUUGUGAUAAACAUGUUAGGAGCGCUUUUGAUACUCUUUAUUGUGGUUUGGGGAGGGUGUUUCCUGUAUCAAAACGAAAUUGAUCGAUCUUUUAAAGCAGCCGUGGUGGAAUAUGUUCCAUUAGAACGAAAUUUCAGUGCUCAAAAUCCUCUGGACUAUGUUCUCAGCAAUGUUAAACAAUAUGCUGAAAUUGUGGCCACCUUGAAAUCACAAGGUGUGGAUUUGGUUGUCUUUCCUGAGUAUGGUCUCACCUCAUCCGGGUUGCAUUCGCUGCCUCAAGAACAAUUUCAUGACAUGAUGCAGGAAUUUCCGCCUUUAGGCAUUGGAAACUUUGACAAUCCCAAUCCUGAAAAUAAGGUGCUAAGAAGUCUUCAGGAAAUUGCCAAGAAUAACGGACUGUACUUGGUGGUCAAUUUAGGCACGAAACUGGAGGACCCGGAUACGCAUGAAACUCAUUAUUACAACACAGCCUUGGUUUUUGAUCGGCUUGGAAAGAUCGUGGCAAGAUAUCGGAAGUAUAAUUUGUAUGGAGAGGAGAAUUUGUUUUCGAAACCCAACUUACCCGAUGUCAGCUAUUUCGACACCGACUUUAUGGUCCGAUUUGGAUUAUUAAUCUGCUUUGACAUCAAUUAUCCCCGACCAUUUCAAGACCUCGAGGACCACAAAGUUGACGUGAUUAUCCUGCCUGCGGCAUGGGUUGAUGAGUUGCCAUUCCUUACGGCCAUCCAGUAUCACUCCGGAUGGGCGUUAGCUAAUAAAGUCACAGUAUUAUCAUCUGGACUCCAUGACCCUCAAAAUGGAGCUGUUGGUGCGGGAAUCUAUCACGGUGAUUUCGGAAUCCUGAACUAUACGUUUAACCCCAGGAUAUCGGAGUCUCUUGCGGUUAUUUCAGAAGUCCAUUUUAACCAAGACCAAGAAGCUAAUCCUCCGAUACCUCGUGAUCCAAUCAGCCAUAACAAUCACAACUUUUUAGAACAAGAUCUAACAGCCUAUGAUUUUAAGCACUUAAGACACGGAUUUCAAGACGAAAGGAUUUCUAUGAGUCAUUAUACUGAGUGCAUGGUAUCCGUUGAGCUGGAGAUCCCCGACAACUUCACAGGGUCCUACGUAAUGGUUGCGUUUCAUGGUGUCAGAGGAUUUGGUGGGGGUCGAUAUCAGCUUGGAAUCACGUCAUGCGGAAUUGUCUUGUGCCAAAAUCAGGCUUUCACAUCAUUAGAGUCAUGUGGCAAAAGACCAAAUCUUGGAGAGUUGGGCGAGUUGCCAACCGUUAAAUAUCUUCAUUUGGAGCAAACGCGAUCUGAGGACAUGCGAUUGAUGCCUGUGGCUAUGGAUUUGAAUCUACAGCCUUUGAAUCAAAGUUUGAGUUCCUUUGACCAGAUUAAUGAUAAGUCGGUCAUUUUGGUCAAAGAACCCAUGUCUAAUUUAUAUUCUUUUGGUUUUUUCGGUCGGUUGUUCUCAUUAGACAAACAAAACUAAACAUCUGCAGGAA